CUAUCCAGCAUAACAGCUUCGCCCUCAGAAAGCCCAAAACCUAUUCUUGCAAACCUGGCGCGGCUCGCAACGACGCUGACGGGAAAAGAGGGCCGGCCAGAAACUGUCCUCGCCCCACCCGCCCCCUGCUUGGGAGCCGCGUCGGAGCAACCAGGAGGCCUGACGAGCAACCCGCCCGCCUUUUCCGGCCUUCAGCCUGGAAAUGGCUCUGAGGCUGCUGGGCCGACCUGCAAUUGUGACGAGGUCAGUUGUGCUGCAUAAUUAUUUGGGAAGUGCUAACUUCAGCACCAAAGGAAAUGCUGAGCCCAGCAAGCAGCCGCUUAAGAAAGCAAAAUUACCUGUAGGUCGUUUUGAUGAAUCAGAGGAAUCCAGUGCAGAAAAAGAGCCACUAGAAAAAUUUCCUGAUAACAUCAAUCCUGCAACAAAAGAAAAAGGUGGACCCAGAGGCCCUGAACCAACUCGUUACGGAGACUGGGAGCGGAAAGGACGCUGUAUAGAUUUUUAAAUGGCUCCAUACCGUUAGCAUGAUGUAUGAGCAAAUGAAGACAUUUCAUCCAGAUGAUGUGAUCUUUCUUUCUGUACCUGUACAUAUAUUAGCAUGUAUGUAAUGGCAGUUUUGAAGGAUACUUCCUGUGCAUAAAUAUAUUUCUAAGUACUG